AUGCCUCGAUUCAAAGUGACACCACAAACUCAGAAAAUUCAUGAAGACAGCAACAGUCCAACAGAGGAUGAAGAUGAUGAUGAGUUUCCUGGUGAUGAAUUUGUGGAACAAACAGUAAAGCAGACUGAUGAGGAUUUGAGCAGUUCCUCACAAGACCUUACAUCCAGUUUGUCUGCACUUGCUGGUCUAACGCCAUCCGGCUGUACACCAAACAUGCAAAUAGCAGCACUACUCGCACAGGCGGCAGCAACGAUGGCUGCCAUGGGAUCUGGAACAAACCUCCCACUACCACAAGCGAUGCAACCUCUGAUCGCACCGUUAGGAUUGUCGUUACCUUCUCUUCCGAAACCAGUCCCGGAACCGAUGAUGAUUAAUGCAAAGACAGCUGUGAAAUAUAAGCCCGUAACCCCGAUAUCUGGUCCGAGUUUACCUCUGAAUCGAAGUGCACAGCUACCCCGAAUGCCGAUGGGUAUCCUGAUUGCUAAAUCUAGACCAAGAGCAUGGACUGUACAGAAACCAGUACCGAAAAGACAGAUCCCAACACGAAUAUCUGCACCGAACUUAGGGACGCAACGAAGUGUGCAACAAACUGUCUCACAAUCUGCCAGCUUGCUCCCGGCGAAGAAAUCAGUACCAUCGACAAUGGAACAACCAAGCCCGAAAUCAAAACCGCCAAGAGCUUCACCGGUGCCCAACGUACCGUUGUCGUCCACCGUUUGUCCGCCCAAAGUUUCCUUGGAUGUUACUUUUUCCACAUCAAAGCCAGAUCAAAAGUCACUUACGAAAACCAAACCACCGGACGUUCCCUGCGAGUCUGGCUCUCAGCCACCUAAAACAUCUUUUGACAAGAACCAGUUGGAACUUUCGGCCUUGACAUCGAAAGCGGAACAAGUGAGCUUGCAGAACAAGACCGCCAUAACAGACUCACAGCCGACAACAGUUUCCGUCAAUACGGUAAAGCCUGAAGUUUCCAGUACCCUGAAAAUGGAUAAGAAUUCCGAGCCCUCAAACCGCAAAUUGACAUCAGGAGCAAAACUGGAAGCAGAGUCCAACGGUACCUUUGAAAGGGGUCAUUCCCGCAUGAUCACCAAGCAGCCAUCUACUGAGGUGGGAUUAAUUCCGUUGCUUACCCCACCAAAAACCGAAGAGACCAGAGCCCAAUCCAAAAGGCGAUCUGUUCCAGAGGAAGUGGUCCAAUGCUCUAUUUGCAACAAAAGCCUUCUUCGCAGUUCACUUCCUGAACACAUGGAUAAGCACAACAACAGUGGUCGUUUCUCCUGUCCAGUGUGCCCUAAAAAGUUCAGUCGUUCCAGCGCGCGAGAGAAACACAUUAGGAUUCAUACAGGAGAGAAGCCGUUCAGAUGUCCACAUUGUCCCAAAGCCUAUCGCCAACAGGUUCAUCUUAACGAACAUCUGCGUUCGCACAGCGGUGAAAGGCCGUUUGUAUGUCGGCUAUGUGGAUUCGCACUAGCUUCAAAAUCCCUACUCACUCGCCAUAUCCGUACGCAUGGCGUUCGGAAGAAACCAGGCGAAGUCCCCGAGUUAUGGUUCAAGUCAGACGCACCAAAGGAGACUGUGCUCGGUCUGGCCGCUGAAGUUGGUCGUGUGCUUGGCCAGAAGGAUGGUAAACAGAACAGGACUGGCAAGAGCAAGUCUCGGUCUUCGGGUAAUGGUGGGACAGAGGCCAAAACUCAAUUGCCCGUAGAUUUGGCAAAGCUGAGUCGAAAGUAUCUGUGCGAUGCUUGUCCUGCCGGAUUUCCGACCGCACAAACCCUACGCAGUCAUCGAUUGAUCACGCACGGUGGAACGUUUCCACACAAAUGCAGUGAAUGUGGUGAGGCGUUUGCAACAGUCAGGAUUCGUAGAGCUCACGCUUUAGCGAAACAUCCCUACAUAUGUCCCUACUGUUCGAUUGCAAUGUCGCAACGUAGGCCGGGUGUGUUGGAGGCACACAUUAGAGAAGUUCAUCCGGAAAAAGCGAAGCCUGAGCCAACUAGACCAACCGCACUUCCGACGCCUCGACCCCCAUUGACUAGUGGAUCGGAAGUUUCGACCAGACAACUUCGUAGCGCAACAAAGCGAAGUAGCUUGACUGAUGAUUCUCUGCAGAUACCUAAAUGGAAGCGUUUCCGCCCGGACAAAGCAGAAUCCGACACGAGUUCUGAGGAGGAGGCCGAGGAGGAUAGCCAAUCCAGCGAGAAGUUUAGCGACCAUUCUGAGUAUGUCGCUGACGGUGACAGUGAAUCAGCGACUUCCGAUAAAACCGGCUCUAAAGUAGCUGAUUAUCAAGCUGAAGUUGAGAGGACAGAAGAACUGGCUCAUUUGGAUGAGGACACAGGUAACUGUGAGAAAGCAGCUUCUGAAAAAUCAUCGAUUGGUGUCGGGGUCACAUUGACACCAGCUUUGUUUGCCAAGGAGAACCCAGAAUCGACCGGAGGCAGGAAUCGCCCAGCGUUAUUCUUCUCGGUUCAGAAUAUUGCACCGCCCAUUUUGUCUGAAUCUAACGAGGAUCGUGGUGUUUCACUGCCACCUCUGGUCGCUCCCUUGUCAUCUGUCUCAUCACAUAUCGACAUUACCACAUGUCAUACGUCGACAACUGCUGUCCAUAGCCUCUCGUGUUUUGCAAGCCGUUCCGAACAAAUCCAACCGGACGAUGCUGUGAUUGCUUCACAGUGCCCGUCCGCAGAGACACCUGUCGAGGAUGCCAAUCCUUUCCGUUCUUCCCACACACCUGAUACUUCCCAAAACGACAAUACGGUCAUAUGUGCAACACCUGAUAACGACUCUCUGGCUGCACACACCAUCGAGCAGUUAGAAACCCUAGAGAAGGAAUAUGAACUUACCCAGAUUUCGCCCGAUAUCACAGGACCCGAUGGUAAAAGCACCGAAUUGUGCAGUGAUAAGCUGUAUGACAUAACCGAGACCACACGUUCAAGUCCCGUUUUGAACCUCUUGAAUCCCCCACCUUCCUCUGUGGGAGAUACGGCUGAGUGUUCUGUUAGUUGCUCCGAUAACCUCCAGAAUAACUCAUAUUCCAUACUUGCGGAGCAGUCGUCUCCCAAACACGGAGCUGAAUUCGAUGACAGUUAUUCCUGCACAAAUACGAAUGGUAUUUGUAUAGAAUCAAAGGACAACACGUCGAUUCCGAACGCCGUUAUCUAUCGGACGUCCACAGUCUCAAGGGANUUCCACGAGCUGGGGU